AUGCCCAGGGACAAGUGCAACAGACACGAGUGUGACAGAGACGAGUGUGUGACAGAGACGAGUGUGAGAAAGAUGAGUGUGACAGAGAUGAGUGUGACAGAGACGAGUGUGACAGAGACGAGUAGACGAGUGUGUGACAGAGACGAGUGUGACAGAGACGAGUGUGACAGAGACGAGUGUGACAGAGAUGAGUGUGACAGAGAUGAGUGUGACAGAGAUGAGUGUGACAGAGAUGAGUGUGACAGAGUUGAGUGUGUGACAGAGAUGAGUGUGACAGAGAUGAGUGUGACAGAGACGAGUGUGACAGAGACGAGUGUGACAGAGACAGACGAGUGUGACAGAGACGAGUGUGACAGAGACGAGUGUGACAGAGAUGAGUGUGACAGAGAUGAGUGUGACAGAGAUGAGUGUGACAGAGAUGAGUGUGACAGAGAUGAGUGUGACAGAGUUGAGUGUGUGACAGAGAUGAGUGUGACAGAGAUGAGUGUGACAGAGAUGAGUGUGACAGAGACGAGAGUGACAGAGAUGAGUGUGACAGAGACGAGUGUGUGA